CGCGGAACACACUGUCGUUCAGCCUUGUUGCGGACCGCGCCACCAUGUAAGAUCCCGCGUUGUGGCUGUUGUCGUUCCGUUUGUCGCUCCCGUCACGUUUGUUCAGAGGGGCUGGCUGAGGACAACGGCUCUGCAGUCACGAGAUAGUACGAAUGCAGCAUGCGCUUAUUUACACUGCGAGUCGCCAAACACACACAAUGGGAUUGGUAAUGGCACCGACUGAACAAGAGUGAGUACUGUAGAGGCGGGGUAGUGACAGGUGAGUUGUCGUCAAGGUAAAGCAAAGGGUUAUCCUGAGGAAAGAGAGGCCGUAAUCUUAGCGGUAUUCUCGCGAUGUCUUUCGUCAUCGACCUACAAAAGGCAGUCACACCCAACAUCAUUUUGAAGUACACAAGUACUGCCUUUGCAGACAUAAAACAUCCUGGUAAACUCGAGCUGUCACUGUGACAUACAAUAUGGGCUCCUCAACCAAAGCCUCCGACAAUCCCUCAAAGGUCAUGAAGACAGAGCCGCUCGACUACAAAGACGCUAAAUGGGCUACCCUUGUCAAGAUCACGUUCAAAGACCCGGAAGGCAAAGAACGCCUCUGGGAGUCCGCCGAGCGACUCACUCGCCCGAAGGGCUGCGACAUCGACGCCAUCGGCGUAGCCGCCGUCCUGGACUAUCCCUCCGAGCCAGACAAAACACCUCGCAUUGUUCUGCAGAAGCAAUGGCGUGCUCCAGCUGACGCGGUCGUGAUUGAGAUCCCGGCCGGGUUGAUGGACGAUGGUGAGAGUGCAGAAGAGUGUGCAAUCCGCGAGUUGAAAGAAGAGACGGGGUACGUGGGUAAGGUUAUUGAGGGAAGCUUUGGGGUUAGCCCUGUGAUGUUCAAUGAUCCGGGCUUCUGCAACACGAAUCUCAAGAUGAUACAGGUCACGGUCGACAUGUCUCUACCCGAGAACCAGAAUCCGCAGCCAAGUCUGGAACCUGGAGAGUUUAUCGAGACCUUCACCGUGCCGCUCACUGAUCUCUACGAGGAAUGUGUGAAGUUCGAGAAAGAAGGAUACGUACUAGACGCCCGUGUGGGCACGCUGGCGCAAGGUGUCGAAUUUGCAAAGAGAUGGAAGCUGACCUGAGUGAGGUAAAAGUGCGCACGUUCUCCAUAGUCAAGACUUCACACUACCGGAACUUUCUCAACUCUUCGUCUCAGAUGCCGUGCCUGUCGCCUUUGGCCUCACAUCUGCUGCUGCUGUACUUGCCAUCACAGCUUUCGGUACUACAAACGUCGGCCUCCACCCCUCAAGCAAUCCAUCCUCAC